UAAGCUACUAAAUAAGUGCAAGAAAGAAACAUCAUCACUAAACUUAUGGAGAAAAAAGUAUUUUCUCCUCUACAUGUAUACAAAGAGUUCAAGCCACACCUGGUCAUGGUUUUAGCCCAAGUUGGCUAUACCUUUUUAUAUUUUAUCUCUGAAUCUUCCUUCAAUCAUGGAAUGAGUCCUUAUGUUUAUGUUACCUAUCGGCAUGUUCUCGCUGGGGCUGUGAUGUUUCCUUUUGCAUACUUUCUUGAGAGAAGUUUAAGACCAAAGCUGACACUUGUUCUUUUUAUGGAAAUAUUUGUGCUUUCUUUGUUAGGGAUCACCAUGGCACUCAAUUUGUACUUUGCAAGCUUAAAGUAUACUUCUCCAACCUUUCUUGCUUCCAUGUUCAACACCAUUGCUUCCAUUACCUUCAUUAUUGCAGUGGCACUCAGGAUCGAGGUUAUUGAUCUUAGAAAUCCACGUAGCAUAGCAAAAAUACUGGGGACCUUGAUAUCCUUAGCUGGUGUUUUGACCAUGACACUAUACAAAGGACCUGUUAUGAGAAACUUGUGGCAUCCUCUAAUUCAUAUUAUUCAACGAAAAAGUUCUUCUAUCAACGAGAGUGGAUUAAAGGGUUCACUUCUUACUAUCUCAUGUUGUGCCACUUUUUCUAUAUGGUACAUUAUGCAGGCAUCUACUCUAAAAAGAUAUCCUGCUCAAUUAUCACUCACUACAUGGAUGUGCUUUAUGGGAGCAAUACAAUCAGCUGUUUUCACAUUAAUAGUAGAACAUAAUAACACUUCAGCUUGGAUUAUAGGACUCAACAUUGACUUGUGGUCCAUAAUAUAUGGAGGAAUUGUUGGUGGUGGUUUAUUGAUCUACAUUCAAUUAUGGUGCACUGAGAAAAAAGGGCCUGUUUUUGUCACUGUAUUUAACCCUCUUUGUACCAUAUUUGUGGCAAUUCUAGCAUACUUCGUCCUUGGUGAAAAACUUUAUCUGGGCAGCAUCAUAGGUGCAUUUAUUGUGAUCAUGGGUUUGUAUCUGUUGCUGUGGGGGAAAGAAGGUGACAAAGAGGUUGAUUUCAAGACCAAAGUUAAAUUGCAGUACAAAAAUGGAGAAGGAGGCUUAGAAGAAUGUUGAAUAUAGCAUGUAAUUUUAGAUGGAAAUGUAGUAGAGGUGUCCAUCCAAAUAUUUAGAAUAAAAUUUGCACAUCAUGAGGAUUUUGUGUAAAACAAGGCUUCACAAAGUUUGUUUUCAGCUACUAGUUUUACAAGACAAAAAUUUAGUCUAUACCAGAA